GAGGCAGUGGGACAGGAGGAAGUGGAGCCACAUUCUGAUCAAGAAGCAGCAGCUGUCAUGGAAGAACUCAACUCAUAUUCUGCGACCAGACUUGUCCACAACAAAUGUAUCCAGGUGACGUCAGGAGACUUUGGUUUUCGGUUCUCCGACCUGGUGAAGCCACACAACAUACGUGCGCUCUUAGGAAUGCCAACCAUGAAACUGCUGGAUACUCUUGCUGCAGCGUUAGAAAAAAAGAGCACAGCAAGGGCUAUGUUUUCUUCAAGGGAUCGAAUAGUUAUAACUAUGCUAGUCAUGAAACAUAGCUUAUCUUUCAGUUUCUUGUCACGCAUUUUUGGGUGUUCACCAACCACAUGUGGAGCUUGUGUGAAAUCAACAAUUCAAGCCUUGGCACUCCUUCUCAAAUGUGCGAUACCGUGGCCUACGCAAGAGGAGAUACAAAACAAUCUACCGAUCUGUUUCGAGCAAUUCCCCAGUGUGAGAGUGGUGCUGGACUGUACUGAGGUAGCAGUGGCCUUGCCAAAGUGUCUGAAGUGUGCACUGAACAUGUACUCAUUUUAUAAAUCAACGCAAACAGUGAAGUAUAUGAUAGGUGUUUCCCCUGCUGGCUUGAUAACGUAUAUAAGUAAGGGUUAUGGAGGCCGUGCAUCAGAUAAGGCCAUCUUCGAGCAAAGUGGUUUAGUUCACUCUCUAACUCCCGGUAUUGACCAGAUCAUGGUUGAUAAAGGAUUCCUGAUUGAAGACAUCUGCACGAACCAUUCUAUAAAACUGGUACGACCACCAUUUCUGCGGCAAAAGCAGCAGUUCUCAAAAGAGGAAGCUCUGCAAACAAAAAAGAUUGCUGCUGCCCGUGUGCACGUAGAACGUGCCAUCCAACGUAUCAAGUUGUUCAAAAUAUUAAGCUCCAAACUGCCAUGGCACAUGGUUCCCUAUGUUGAUGACAUUGUUACCAUCGCUGCUGGGUUGACCAAUGCAUCAUUUCCCAUUUUAGCGGAUGACAAGUUACUGUGA